AUGGAUGAAAGUUCGUGUGGCGAACUUUGUAUAUCUUGCGACCUUAACACUUUGAUUCCUCUGCUUUACACUAUUCCAACCUUCAUUCUGUAUUUCAUCACCAUACGGUUGAUAUACAAAAACAAGGAAUUUCAUUCUCUCUUUUAUGUGCAUUAUGUUACCAUCGCUGUAGGAAACUGUCUUUUCUGGAUAUCUCAAAACAUUCUCGAUCGUCUUUUGAGAUUAACAAUAGUGUGCUCUUUCUUCCUUGAGCAUUUUGGGGAACCUAAUCACUGGUUCUUCGUUAUUAAGUUGAUAUAUCUGUACUGUCCUCUUCUUAUAUUCCUAACAUCUACUCUGCUGAUUCUGAACCGAUUAACUGCUAUAUGCUUUCCUAUCACACUUCAUAACGUUUGGCAAAACCAUCAGAAGAAGAUAGUUCUCUUCCAAUUCAUCCUUCCUAUAGUGUUUGGAUUCCACGCAAUUCCUUGGCAAAUUUCUCUGGAGCCAGUAAGAUGGAGAACUGGCUUAUUCGUCAAUUAUAUCACAACUUGGCCACAUCUCCCUCUUGGGAUAGCGAAUAGCAGUGUUGGAGCUGUUUGCGUUUUUAUCAUGAUAAUCAGUACAUCAUACACCUUCUACAUAAUCUCUACAACUAAAAUUCGAUCUCAAAACAAUAAAAAUAUCGAGUUUAAUCUAUUUCUAACGGCGCUAUUUCUGUCAUCAAUAACAAUCAUGUUCUGCGCAUAUCAGAUAAUAUACUUCACUACUAGUCAAACGAGGAACCGCCGCGCGUUCUAUACAGUUGCGAAGUACAGAGGUCCAAUAGUGGACGUUUACUCACUGCUGCCUGCGUGGGUUUUCGCCUUGUUCCAGAAACGAAUACGUGAUAAUCUGUUCAGACGGUUUCACCUCAUGAAACCACGUUCACCUGUUACCACAACUCCUUUCAAUCAGAACAUAUUAAUAAGUGUUUGA